CCAGCCAGGAUCAGCACGCGGCCAGUUUUCACCUCGUCUUCGCAUUCCUCACCAAAGACAAAUCUCACGCCAUAACCACAAGGACCGACUAACGCCGGCACCUCAGUCCUUGGGAGUACCAAACGACCGUCAGCCGACUGCUAGCCAACCGUCGGUCGUCACAUGUUGGCUUCAGCUUCCUUUCGGAACCACAUCUAACCUCCUCACGCUCUUUCCACCAGAAGGAGCCCAUAUCACGGGCUUCGCACACAGUCUGGAUGGCUCACGAGCUUGAUGCGACGUUCAGAGAGCUGGGGAUUUCCCAGUACCUGAACGCUUUCGUGGACCAGGGGUUUGACACAUGGGAUACUAUCCUCGAUAUCCAGGAGUCGGAUCUUGAUGCUCUGGGCGUAAAACUAGGCCAUCGAAGGAAACUUCAACGUCGCAUCGCCAACGCUCGCGGCCUUGCUCCCAGCAUAUCCUUGUCCAACAAGCAGAACACAGAGGAUGGCAAGAGAGAAGGUUCACGCGCGGCAUGCAACCGGAGCGAGCCUGGUGCAGAUGGAUCUACCGCCGUCAAGCGCAAAUAUCGCCGGCACCCAAAGCCUGACGAGAAUGCACCUGAGCGGCCACCAUCUGCCUACGUGCUCUUCUCCAACAAAAUGAGGGACGACCUCAAGGGCCACAACCUGACCUUCACAGAAAUUGCCAAGCUGGUCGGCGAGAACUGGCAAAGCCUCCCACCCCACGAGAAGGAGGCUUAUGAGAGCCAAGCCAACGCUGCCAAGGAGAAGUACCACCGCGACCUGGCCCAGUACAAGAAAACACCAGAGUACCGAAAAUACCAAGUGUAUCUGCAAGACUUCAAGGACAAGCAAGCCAAGCAGAGUCGAGGUAAACACCCGCUUGCCUCCUGCAUCUCCUCUUCGAGGGUAGAGCCAACGAGGCUCCGCCACGGCAGUACGAGCAGCAGCGCUGCAACGGGGACCACCAUUUCGAGCAACAGCGGCAUCAGCACGAGGGACAGCAGGAGUAGCAGCGAGCGCAUGAACGGGAGCGAGCCGCCACCGACGCGGCAGGAGAGGGUGAACUCGUUGGGUUCCAUGUCGCAUAACGGGCACGAGAUACAGCCGUCGCCCAGGACCGCCAACUUCGAUUUCAACACCCCCAACGGGCGGAACGGAGGUCGCCAGAACCUCCCCUCGCUCUCAGACAUGCUGGAAGAUGGACAGACAGCGGUAUUGCCGGCACCAGGAAGUGGGAGUGGCUACACGACAUCCGGCUUUGUGCCUGCGAAUGGCCGACGUCCUAUGCCAGAAGGACAUCGAGUGCCUUUAUUGCGUCACCACCAAUCGUCGACAGACAGCAGUGGUUCCGCCGGAUCAACCAGCUCAAUGAGCAGUUAUGGGCGCGCGGCGGGUGACGGCUCUCUACCUAUUCACGCACUUUUGUCCAACCGAUCGGGUGCUGCGCCCCCGCCCAUGCCCGACCACAACUCGUCGCCUACCUUCAGCACCGCGUCGAGCCCGACCUAUGCAGCGGGACCUCGAGGGUACGGUAUGUCAAUGACCCACCAUGGUGCCUCGAAUCUUUCUCAUACUAACACCGCGACGGCAGGGUUUCAAUCCGCGCCGUCUGCGCUCCAACACUUGAAGAUUGAGGAAGCCAAUGGUGGUGAUGUCGUGAUGACCUCGCCGACGCUUCCUGGCGUUGUCCCCAAAGGUCCUGCAAAGGACAAUCUCGACGGGAUGAGCGCUCUUCUCCGGGCGGGCGAAAUCGUUGGACGCAGGACA